AUGGAAAAAGGUGGUGCAAAUCAUUAUCAAGGUAAGUCUUUGGAUGACAUAGAUAUAGAUAUGGAACAGAAUUUACUUAGUGACGACGAAUCAAGUAAGAAGAGUGAUAAUGAGGAUGAUGUUUAUGAAAGUUUGCCCCGAUCUUCAAGUUCUUCUGUUAAACAGAAUAGUUCUCAUGUUACUUCCACAAUUAUAGUUCCCAAAAAAGGGAAAUUUCGAACACUCGUCCCAUGGACUAGUCGACAAAAGAAAGUUGUUAAAAAAUAUUUUACAAAUCAUAUUAAAUCAAAAACACCCCCGAGACGUAGAGAAUGUGAAGAGCUUAAGGAACAACACAAAGAAAUGCUUAGUAACAAAGAUUGGCUUAAAAUAAAGGUAUUUAUACAAAAUGAAUACAAAAAGAAACAAUAA